AUGAAGAAGCAGAAGGAAUUCUCUAACACUGCCAUGACUCACCCUAUGGAGGACAUUUCAAUGGGGAAAGAACUGCAGCAAAAGUUCUCCAAACCUUUUCCACCAUCUUUUAACAAUGAAUAUAUACUGGUGGCAGUUGACUAUGUGAGUAAAUGGGUGGAAGCAUUGGUGUGUCCCAAAAAUGAUGCCAACAUUGUGAUUAAAUUUCUAAAGAGGCAGAUCUUUUCACGCUUUGGAACUCCUAGAGUGCUUAUUAGUGAUGGAGGAUCUCAUUUUUGUAAUUAUCAGUUAGCAAAGGUACUCAAACAUUAUGGUGUGAGGCAUAAGGUAGCUGCACCAUAUCAUCCACAGACUAAUGGGCAAGCUGAGGUGUCUAACAGAGAGAUCAAGCGCAUCUUGGAGAAAACAGUUACUGCGUCAAGAAAAGACUGGUCACAGAAACUUGAUGAUGCUCUCUAG